UUGUUAGAAUCAAAAAAUGAUAUGAAAAUAAAAUGAAAACUUUAAAAAUAACAUAAAUAUAAUGAAAAAUAAUUUAUUUCGAUAUAUAUUUAAAAACAAUAUGACUUUUUAUGAAAUCAUUUUAAAAUAUACAGUUUUUAAUAUAUUAUUUCUUAAAUUUGAAAAACAGGGUUUAAUAUUAAACCAGGUCACCGGUUUUUGACCGGAUUUGCCAGUUUAACUCAAAUUCGGUUUUUAUUACAAUUUAGAACUGGCCAGAAGGGCGAGUCACGGUCCGACUUGCCAGUCUGGUCUAGUUUUCAAAACAAUGCUUAUUACCACUUAUUGCAAAUGCACUGUAACUCUGUAGGACAUGUAGUGAUGUAGGGGUGAGCAAGUAUAAAAUAUUACCAUAAGUUUCAGUAUUUGUGAUUUAUUUUUUCUGUUACAGAUUUCUAAUUUCCGAUUUGAUUUAGUUUAAAAAAUACGGAUAUCCAUAAUAUUUAUAGAUAUUUAUGAAUAUUUAUGUAUAUUUCAUCAUUUUAUUCAAUACAAUUUAAUCUAAAAAUUUUGUUUUCAAUAAAUAUAUUUUACAUAAUGAAAAGUAAAAAGUAAAGAUUAGUGAACUAUAUGCUCCAUAAUUUUUAAAAUUAUUUAAUUUUGUAUAAAACAUUAAAAAUAGAAAAUUAUUGUUUUCUAAAGAUUUUAUAUUCAUUUCUUAAUUUAAUAUUUUAUAAGAAAUUUUAUAGUAAUAUAUAUAUAUAUAUAUUAAAAUAAGAAUUAUAUAAAAUUCUAUAUUUAAUUAUAAAUAAAAAUUUGUUUGUAUAAAAGUUAGAGCAAAUUGGAUAUCCAACUCUAAUUUUUUUAAUAUUUGUGAUUUGCUUCAUUUUAAAGUAUAUUUAUUUUUAGUAUUUGUUUUGCUUUAAAAAUUAUGGAAAUCCUAUUUUUUUUUACCAAAUUGAAAGGAAUAACAUAUCAAAUUAAAAUUAACAUAAAAUGUCCAGUUUUAAUCACAGCUAAAUUAACUGCAACAUGCGUCACUAAUCUAUGUAUAUAUCUCAUAAGAAUACAUUUAUGAAAAUGGUGUGUUAAUAAUAAUAUUCAAGAUUACUACAAAGAAAGAGAAUGUCCAAAUAAGUUGUGACUAUUUUUAUUUUUUUUGAAAGAAAGUUGCGACAGUUUCGUGCCCCUCCCUGAUGCUGAGAAUCUCAAAUCUUUCGACAUCUUCUCGAUACGUGGCAGUGACCACAAGAAUACGGCUUCAACUACGUUGUCUCUGCUCACCUUCUCCACCACCACCAUCAUCAUCAUCCUCUUCUGUUCCUAGCGAUGACCAUAUCUUCCGUCUCAUCCUAGACCAAAAAUCACCUUCAGGAGCUCUACAAACUUUCCAAUGGGCCUCCACUUUCCCUGGGUUUACCCACUCUCCCUCCACAUACCGUGCUCUCUUCCACAAGCUCUGUUCUUUCCGCCGUUUCCAAACCGUCUACCAACUGCUCGACGAAAUGCCUAACUCUAUCGGUUCCCUUCCAGACGACGCUAUCUUCAUAACCAUCGUCCGAGGGUUAGGCCGCGCUAAACUAACCAAACGUGUGAUCAACGUCGUUGAUCUGGUCUCAAGAUUUGGAAUCAAACCAUCAGUAAAAGUUUUCAAUUCGAUUCUUGAUGUUUUGGUGAGAGAAGAUAUUGACAUAGCUAGAGAGUUCUUCAGAAGGAAGAUGAUGGCUAGUGGGAUCCAAGGUGAUGAGUACACAUACGGGAUCUUGAUGAAAGGUCUUUGCUUGACGAACAGGAUUGGUGAUGGUUUUAAGCUUCUUCAGAUCAUGAAGACGCGCGGCGGUGUGGCUCCAAACGCUGUGAUUUAUAACACCUUGCUUCAUGCUCUUUGCAGGAACGGGAAAGUUGGGAGAGCGAGGAGUUUGAUGAGUGAGAUGAAGGAGCCGAAUGAUGUGACUUUCAACGUCUUGAUAUCUGCUUACUGCAACGAGCAGAAGUUGGUUCAGUCGAUGGUGUUGCUGGAGAAAUGCUUUGGUUUGGGGUUUGUUCCUGAUGUUGUGACGGUGACUAAAGUGAUGGGAGUUUUGUGCAGUGAAGGACGUGUAGCCGAGGCGCUCGAGGUUUUAGAGAGAGUGGAAGGAAAAGGAUGUAAAGUCGAUGUUGUAGCUUGUAACACUUUGGUAGAAGGGUACUGUGCGGUGGGGAAAGUAAGAGUUGCUCAGCGCUUCUUUGAAGAGAUGGAGAGAAAGGGUUACUUGCCUAAUGUGGAAACAUACAAUCUGUUGAUUAAUGGGUUUUGUGAAGCUGGAAUGUUGGAUUCAGCUCUUGACGUUUUCAACGAUAUGAAAACGGAUGCGGUUAGAAGGAACUUUGCUACAUUUAACACGUUGGUAAAAGGGCUAUCAGUAGGAGGGAGGGUUAACGAUGGUUUAAAGAUAUUGGAACUGAUGGAGGAAAGCGAGAACGUUAGUGGGGCGAGAGUUGAUCCUUACAAUAGCGUUAUCUAUGGCUUUUACAAGGAAAAUCGUUGGGAGGAAGCUCUGGAGUUUUUGCUAAAGAUGGAGAAUCUGUUUCCGAGGGCUGUUGAAAGAAGCUUCAAGAUGAUAAGUGUAUGCGAGAAAGGCAGUGUGGAGGAUGUAAAGACAGCGUAUGAUCAAAUGAUCGGAGAAGGAGGAGUUCCUAACGUGGUAGUAUCACAUUGCUUGGUUCAUAGAUUCAGCCAAGAAGGCGAUAUGGAAGAAACACUUGAGCUUAUAAACGACAUGGUGACCAGAGGCUAUUUGCCUCAAUCAUCAACAUUCAAUGCUGUCAUUCUCGGGUUCUGUAAGCAAGAUAGAGUCAUGAACGGCAUGAAGUUUUUGGAAGACAUGGCUGAAAGAGGUUGCGUACCUGAUGGGGAAAGCUACAAUCCGUUGCUAGGAGAAUUGUGCGUGAAGGGUGAUUUUCAGAAGGCAUGGUUGACUUUCUCACGAAUGGUGGAGAAGAGUAUCGUCCCUGAUUCUUCUAUGUGGCGUUCACUGAUGUAUUGUCUCAGCCAGGAAACCGCGUUCAACAUAGACAUAGACACCUUGUUGGAGGAGAUAAUCAAAACGUAAAGCUAGAGACAAUGACGACAGCUUUAUAUGCUUGUUGGGCUCGAACGUGAGAUCUUGAUAGUGCUUCUGCAACAAAUAGAAAGAAGGGUUUACACUCAAGAAGAGAGAGAGAGAUUAGAGAUGGUCCGGUUUGGUCUGUAAACCAGAGCUAAAACAUACAGCACCAUGAGGGCAAAAUGGAGAAUUGGACAACGUUAAAAUGGGAAAAUGUUUGAAGCACCAAUCAUUAAAA